AGCUGCGGGGAUCGACGCGAGACGCCGCGUGACCCGCCGGGGCCCGGGCGGGAGCGGACGCCGGCUUCUCGGCCCCUCCGGCCGGGAGCAGCCGGCCUGGGUGGGCCGAGCAGGCGCCUGGCGAGCGGCUGCAUCCCGGCGGCCUGUCCUCUGCCCGACCCGACCCGGCGGCCGGGGGCGGGGCUGCCAGAUCCCUGCUGGGCGGCCGCCGGCCGGGCCCGGGGCAGGGCCGAGCGCGGUUCUCGGCGGGUCGCAGGACACGUGAUUAAUAUCUGGGGACCGUCCAUCUUACAGACUGUUGAGUGCACGUGGGAUUAGAGCCGCCAGGUGUCCGCGACCAUGGCCACGAACCUUCUGGAGGACUGGUGCCGGGGGAUGGAGGUGGACAUCCACAGGUCCCUGUUGGUCACGGGCAUCCCAGAGGACUGUGGUCAAGCAGAAAUUGAGGAGACUUUGAAUGGGGUCCUCUCCCCGCUGGGCCCAUACUUCGUGCUCAAUAAGAUUUUUCUGAGGGAAGAGAAUGCCAAAGCUGCCCUCAUUGAGGUCGGAGAGGGUGUGAAUCUCAGGGCCAUACCCCGGGAAUUCCCAGGAAGGGGGGGCGUCUGGAGAGUGGUUUGUAGAGACCCCACCCAGGAUGCUGAGUUUCUGAAAAAUCUGAAUGAAUUCCUGGAUGCCGAGGGGCGUACCUGGGAGGAUGUGGUCCGCCUGCUCCAGUUUAGCCACCCCCCACGGCCCCAGAAUCAGUCCCCAGAGAACUGGGCAGAAGCUUUGGGGGUGCUCCUGGGGGCAGUGGUGCAAAUCAUCUUCUACAUGGAUGCCGAGAUCCGCGGCCGCCAGGAAGCUAGGGCUCAGGAAGUGGUUGAUGCCCAGGCAGUAGCAAUCUCAGCUUUAGCAGCGUGGAGGAAGGUCAAGAAGGAGCCAGGGGGGGCUGCAGAACUAGGGUCUGCUUUGAAGAUGGAGAAUCCCGACACCUGGAAUGACCUGGAAGACAAAGGUGACCCUCCCAAACCUCUGGUUAGCCGGGUUGGAGCUAAAAGUCGCUCCAGGAGAAAGAAGCAGAAAAAAAACACUAAGCAGGAAUCAGUGCUCUGGAAGAAGCCCAAAGGCCACCAUUCCAACAGCUCAGCCUCCUUGGAGGAUCCUGAGGCUGAUGGUGCUGAAAAUAUGGAGGUGUCAGAAUCCGUCAGGAGCAACAGAAAGCCCUGUGUGAAGCAGGAGGAGUCGGCUUUGAAAAAGCCUGUGGCGAAAUGUGCCUGGAAGGCUCCCAGCAGCCCAUCCCAUGAUGCCCGGUCAGAAGCUGUGAGCCCUGGGGUCGCUUCACAGUCAGACCAAGAUGGCGGUCAGGAGGGCCCCCCAGAGAAGAAGGCCAUGGGCUGGGCCUUGGCAAAGAGCCCUGCCCCUGUGAGAAAGAAGAAGAAGGUGAGCUUGGGCCCUGUUUCGUACGUCCUUGUCGAUUCAGAAGAUGCCAAGAAGAAGCCGGUGAUGGGGAAGAAAGGGCUGGGCUCAAGAAGAGAUGGCUCAGCUCAGAAGGCCCUUCGAGGCCCCCAGCCCGUGGGGUUGCCAGCCUCGACGUCUCGGGGCCCAAAGGCCAAGCCGAAAGGCUCUCCUCAUGCCUCCAGUGGUCAGAAUGACAACAGAAGUCAUUUGGGUUGUGCUGGCAAGGGCAAGUGGAUGAGUGGGGAACCCGAGCAAGAGCGGCAGGUCGGUGCAGAGGCACUAGGGGGCGUGGCAGGUCAGGUGGUGUGCGAGGAGGACCCCAGGGCCGUGGAGGAGGCGGAUGACACACCAGUUGAGGUUUUAGAGGGCGGGAGCCCUGACCUCCCUCCUAGGAGCCCCUGAAGGCCAACCUUGGGGACACCUAUGGGCAGGAGGUGGCAAAGCAAACCCCUCACCUCUCCUUUGUUGCUUGAGUGUCACUGUGGUAGUCUCCAGUCGUUCUGCUACUCCAUCCGACCUAGCUCCCUUGUUAAGAAUCGAAUAGUUGGGAGUGAGAACAUUUGUCAGGGUCGAUGGCUUUGAGGGUGGAGUUUUCUGGAAGCCUGGUUGCGGGAUAGAAAUGUUCAAACACUUAAAAGGUCCAAGGAAGUAAGAAAGAAAUUCCAAAUGACAUCUCCUUCCCUGGUGAGCUCUUCUAAUUUAUCCACAGAACCCAGAAAGCUUUGAUUCGGGGGACCACCCAUACCCUAUGAGUUGAAAGAAGACCAAGGACGAAGUAUCAAAUGGGGAACAAAGUUUUUUUCCUUAAGGAAUGAACCAUGACUUUGGACUCUUAGAGACCCAGUUUGGAGAGAUGGGCCUCUCAGAGGAAAACCAUGCAUGAGCUCUUAGGUGGGAGAGGUUAAGGGAGGGAGGUGCACCUCUCUGCUCUUUUCUCUGCCAGGCCUGCUUUUGCCUCUCCCCCUCGACUCACCUUCAGAGGUUGGAGAAUCGCUAAGCAGACUGGGAAAAUCCUAGAAUAUUCACUCUUCCGUACAUGGGCAGGUGCCUGUUCAUGUUCUGCCUUUCAUCCUUAUUCCCUGCUUCCUGGAGAGUGAGCUGACCUCUACAUGCAGGGCCUUUCUCCCACCUUCUCUGUUUCACCUACUAGGAAGUUAAGCAUAGAUCUGCAAAGCAGACCUGCCUGCCUUGCACCUCCUGCUCUUCAGCUUCCAUCCUCCAGUUAACUAGCCAGAGGGCAGGAAGGCCCCAAGAGUUAGUUCUGGGGGACAAGAGUGUGCGCUUAGGCUUUGAAGUGUUUGAGGUUUAGGUUCUGUGAAUAAAAAUGGUACUUGGACUCCCAUUUGGGGUCAGAUGCUCUCAGGAAGCCUGUGGGGAGGAAAGGUGAUUGGUAGGGAAGGACUCAAGCACUUCUGGCUUCCCAGCCCCAAGUCCAUCCAGCACUACCAAACUCCACAUCUUUGGGGCUGAAGACACUUCUCAUGUUAUAAUAAGAGAGGGAAAAAAUUCUUAAAAAGUUGGCUGUUAAUUUCUGUUCUCCGAAUAGACUAGCAUACCAUGUUUCCUGUGUGUGUGUGUGUGUGUGUGUGUGUGUGUGUACGGGGAGGGGGCAGGAUACCCAACACCAGUGGUUCUCAAAAAGUGUCCCGGGAGGCCCAAGGCAUGCUCAAAGAUGUAAACGGAAUCUAUUUUUUUCAUGUCUAUAAAAAAAAAAGCUGGAACUUGAAUGUCGUAAGCCAAGCCCGUCACAGAGGAGACGAUCAGAAUAUUACCUUGUGUUCCUAAGUGAACUUGAUUUCGUACAGGUCUCCAGUGAGUUGUUUCUGCCAUCUAUUUGCAUAUAGCCGAACUUCUUAUAAGUGUGGCUGAUAAGAGAGGUUGCAAGUGGAAGAGAUUGCGUCCCGCGCAUGCCCCGUGCUGUAACGCUCUGGAAGAAGUUUCCCUUUGUAAUUCACACGCUCUUGUUAACGCUGUGACGUUCAGCUGUAUGAUAGCACGUCAUGUAUUCACGCUCAGUAAUACCGUCGCGUGGAGUUUCAGCCCUUUGAUGUGUCCAGGGGCUGUCUUCUGACUUCAGUUUUUGUGCUCGAGAAUGUGAACAGUUGUUAGAUGUUGUUAGUAAUUCCGCCUUGAAAAUAAACGUGACAGUUAAUUUCAAAAA